AUGGCUUCCAGUGCCGGCUCAGGCAAGCCAGCAUCGGUCCUAUUUGUCUGUCUAGGCAAUAUCUGUAGGUCACCAAUGGCAGAAGGUUGCUUCAGGAAUCUAGUCAAAUUCGGCACUCCAGAACAGCAUCCACUGAUCAAGGAUAUCGACUCCUGCGGUACAGGAGCAUAUCAUGCAGGCGACCGUCCAGACUCCCGAACUCUCUCGGUCCUAGAAGACAAUGGCUUGACUGACUAUAAGCACAAAGCGAGGAGAGUCAAAGUCCCGGAGGACUUCGAACGAUUCGAUUACUUGCUUGCCAUGGACGAGGACAACUACCUUGAUCUGAGAGACAUGGUGAAGAGGGCAAAGAAGAAGGGUCAACUUGGAGACGAUGCUUUGGAGAAGGUACACAUGUAUGGUGUUUUCGGCGGCAAGAAUAAGAAAGAAGAGAUUGCAGACCCAUAUUACGGAGGCAGAGAUGGGUUCGAGAUUGCAUACGAGCAGGUUGUUCGUUGUGGCAACGGACUACUGAAGCAUAUCGAGGAACAAGCCAAGAGCGACGGCUGA